CUACACAUAUUAAUAUUAUGUACACACAAACUGCACAGCUAUAAUACCAGUUUCCAUAUACCUGUUGCGUUAGUAAUCAAACAACAUUCAUACGUAGUGCCAGUGAAUUUGCCGAACAAUGGGUUCCUUUGCAAUUGUGACAUUGUUUGCUGUGGUGUUCAUCGCAGCGUACGUUGAAGCAGGCCCUGCGGGCAACUGUCCAAUGCCAUCGAAGAUCUACGGCUGCAGCCCCAAAUGUCAUGACAACUACGACUGCAGUCAUGGCAAGGCAUGUUGCCCGAACAGCUGCAAUGCCAAGUCCUGCGUUGACUUAGCUGCACAUGGCGGUGGAAAUAAUGACAAGUAUUCUCAAUCUGGAGGCGCAGGAGUUUACUGCGCUAACCAAAAGUGCAGUCCCUUUGAGAAGUGCAAGUUGGAUCCCGCUACUAAGAGGAUGAAGUGCAUGCGAGCUUAAAUUUUUAUAAUUUAAAUAUUGUACCAUUCAUACUAUAUAACUUUAGCAUAUAUCAAUAUAUUUUGACAGAAACAGACACAUUAGUUAUUUAUACGCAUAGGAAGAACACAAAAACUGCAAAUGUCAUAGAAGCAUGCAAAAUGUCACUGGUAACAUUCAGGAAAGACUUUACGCAUAGUUCGUCCUCUCUUGUUUCUGAAUCACACCCUUAGUUAUGACAAUUCGUAUAGGCAUGUAACUUGACAAGAUUUUUCGUUGUAAGGGUACUUUAAGUACUUUUAAUAUAUUGAAAAAAGCCAGCUUAUUUGGCGGAUUAUUAGAGAUUAUUAGACCUUAAAUUAUUUUUUUAUUUGUAAAAUUUUAUACUUUAUUAAAUAAAUAUAUUUUCAUAAGUU